AUGGAGUGCUGGGAUGAAUACAAGGAGCAGCAACAGAAAAAGGCUAAGUUAGAAGCCAUGGAAUUGGCUAAGCAGGAGAGGAAGAGGGAAAGGGACUUGAAACUUAAGAAGGUGAAGGAAGUGGUGAAAGUGAAGGCAGAGGCCAUCUUCUUACUAGACAGUACCUUAAAAACCUCAGGCCUCAACUUGAAAGCUGGCUUUUUGGAGUCAGAAGGGGCAUUGCUUUUAGACACUGUGGCAGAGGUGGUAGAAGCAGCAGAGAGGGGGCAAGUGCUGCAAUUGCCACUCCUAGAUGCAAUAGGAGCAGAUGAUCUGCCAGAUAAUGCAGCAGAGAGAGGCAUAGGCAGAGUGAAGAUGUGA